AUGGGCUCUACCAACUGGUCCGACCUCGCGAAGAUGGAUCCUGAGCUCAAAGAAUUCCUCGACAAGGUCGGCCCACUCCCCUCCCUCGCCGACGCGCCCUCCAUCCAAGGCGUACGAGAUGCGCUAGCCCAGGCUUUCCCCCCCGUUCCCGGCAUCAGUGUCCCGGAAAAUAUGGAUGGCGUCAAGAAGAACGAGCUCAGCAUCCCCGUGCGCGAUGGAUCGAGCAUCAGGGCGCUCUUGUAUCAGCCUGAGGCGCCGCCCAAGGAGGGGAGUCCGCUGGUCGUGCUGUAUCAUGGCGGGGGGUGGUGCUUGGGGAUGCCGGAGAUGACAGAAGUCGAUUGCGUAAAUUUUGUGCAGCAGUUCGGCUGCGUCUGCAUCAGUGUGGACUACCGACUGGCGCCUGAACAUCCCUUCCCGGUACCGGUAGAGGACUCCUGGGAUGCGCUGAAGUGGGUCGCCGCUCACACCUCCGACCUGGCCGCCGAUCCAUCCGCAGGCUUCAUAGUCGGCGGCACCUCCGCCGGCGGCAACAUCGCCAUCAUCCUCAGCCAUCUCGCGCGCGACGAGUCAAUCUCACCGCUCAUAACCGGGCUCUGGCCCAGCGUCCCCGUCCUGAUCUCCCCGGACGCCAUCCCCGACGAGUACAAGGACGUCAUCAUCAGCCACGAGCAGAACGCCGAAGCGCCGGCCUUCAACAAGAAAGCCUACAUGUUUAUGAUAAACCAAUAUAACCCCCAACCUCCCUCCCACCCUCUCUUCAGCCCCCUGCUCUGGCCGUCGGGUCACAAGGGCCUCCCGCCAUCCUACUUUCAAGUCUGCGGCAUGGACCCGUUGCGCGAUGAAGGCCUGCUCUAUGAACGCAUCCUGCGCGAGGAGUGCGGGAUCAAGACUAAACUCGAUGUGUAUCCGGGGCUGCCGCACGGCUUCUGGGGCUUUUUCCCGCACUUGAAGAGCUCGAGAGCGUUUGUGCAGGAUACGAUGAGGGGGAUGGCGUGGUUGUUGGGCAAGGAGGGGGAGGUGAAGGUAGUGAAGAACGAGGAGCCGGCCAAAGUGCCGGCGGCGGCGGUAUUGUAG